AACGAACGUCUCCUUCGGCGUCAGCUUCUCCAGCAAACCCUAAGCCCCCCCACUCGGCCGCCACGGCGACGGGCGACGGCGCCACCCCAGACCGAGUUCCGCUCCGCUCGGCCGCUCCGGUCCCUCCCUCGGUUCCUCCCAUGGUUGGCUGAGCAUGUCGUCGCUGGGGACGUCCAAGGGGGUCCUGGAGAUCGCCAAGUUCGGCGUCUACGUCUCCGUGCCCGUCGCGCUCACCUACCUCGUCGCCACCGACUCCAAGACCCUCAAGAAGCUCAUGGGCCUCCGUCCAUAUGUGGUUUAUCCACCGGAAGGUCCACGCCCACCGCCGCCUGAAGAACUUCGCGAGAGGGCUCGGGAAAUAGCUCGGAAGAGGCAGCAGAGCUGAGUGGAUUGGUGACUAGGGAACAUCGCAGAUCAUAAAUCCAGCUCACAGAUACGGUAGAGAAUGACACUCUGGUUGUUGAUAUGGAACGUGUGUUUGGCCCUGGUCUGUAAUAUCUUUUUGCUGCUGUUGUUGUAAUAGCGUUGAAGUGGCUACGGGUCAUCUGCUUUGAGCUGUGAGGAUUGACUAAAUGUAAUUCACUGUAUUUCUUGUUGGAGGCAGUUCAAAGAAUAAAAGAAAGGCCAUAUUUCGUACAUCAGCAUCACUUUACUCUUGAGUCUAAUGUUACUAUAAA